CCUCACCCUCCCCUCUGGUCCAAGAGCUCGCCAGCAUGUCCGCCACUGUCGCUACUCCCACCUCUGUCGACGUCCUCAUCAUCGGCGCUGGCCCGACUGGUCUCGGUGCCGCCAAGCGCCUCAACCAGCUCAAGCACUCGAACUUCCUCGUCGUCGAUGCCCAGGCCGAGGCCGGUGGCCUCGCGUCGACCGAUGUCACCCCGGAGGGCUUCCUGUUCGAUGUCGGCGGUCACGUCAUCUUCUCGCAUUACCUCUACUUCGAUGACUGCAUCAACGAGGCGCUCCCCAAGCCCGACGACUGGUACGAGCACGAGCGCGUCUCGUACGUCCGCUCCAAGGGCGCGUGGGUCCCCUACCCGUACCAGAACAACAUCACGAUGCUGCCCGUCGAGGAGCAGGUCAAGUGCAUCGAGGGCAUGAUUGACGCCGCCGAGGAGCGCGCUCGUGCCUCGACCAAGCCCAAGAACUUUGACGAGUGGAUCGUCCGCAUGAUGGGUACCGGCCUCGCCGACCUCUUCAUGCGCCCGUACAACUUCAAGGUCUGGGCCACGCCGACGACCGAGAUGCAGUGCGAGUGGCUCGGUGAGCGUGUCGCGGCGCCGUCGCUCAAGCACGUCGUGUCGAACGUGCUCAACAAGAAGGUGGCCGGCAACUGGGGCCCGAACGCGACGUUCCGGUUCCCGGCCCGCGACGGCACCGGCGGCAUCUGGAAGGCGGUCGCCAAGACGCUGCCGCAGGACCGGUUCAAGUUCGGCCAGUCGGUUCAGCGCAUCGACGCGACCAACAAGGUCGCCCACCUGUCGGACGGCUCGUCGAUCGCGUACCGCUCGAUGAUCUCGACCAUGCCGCUCGACCAGAUCACCGAGAUGACGGACGAGGCGGCCAACCUGCGCGACGUGUCGCGCGGCCUCGUCUACUCGUCGACCCACGUCAUCGGCGUCGGCAUCCGCGGCGUCCUCCCGCCGCGCAUCGGCGACAAGUGCUGGCUCUACUUCCCCGAGGACGACUGCCCGUUCUACCGCGCGACCGUCUUCUCCAACUACUCGCCGUACAACUGCCCCCAGGAGGACGUCAAGCUGCGCACGCUCCAGACGGCCGACCCGGCCCUGUCGGCCCAGGUCGACACCGAGACCGAGCGCGCCGGCCCGUACUGGUCGCUCAUGCUCGAGGUGUCGCAGUCGACCCAGAAGCCCGUCGACGAGGCCAAGCUCCUCGCCGACUCGAUCCAGGGCCUCGUCAACACGGGCCUGUGCUCGCCCGACGACGAGAUCGUGUCGACCUACCACCGCAAGUUCCACCACGGCUACCCGACCCCGUCGCUCGUCCGCGACGGCCAGCUCAAGCAGCUCCUGCCCGAGCUCCGCGACAAGUACGCCAUCUGGUCGCGCGGUCGCUUCGGCUCCUACAAGUACGAGGUCGCCAACCAGGACCACUCGUUCAUGGUCGGCGUCGAGGCGGUCGACAACGUGCUCUUUGGCGCUCCUGAGUGCACGCUCGAGUCGCCGGAUUGGGUCAACGGCCGCCGCAACACCGAGCGUCGCCUUUAAGCGUGUCCUCUACCCUCGUCGUCCUCUCUCCCUCCUCCCCUCGUCCCCUUCCCUCAUGCUGUGCUGUCCCCACUUCUCUAUCUCCCUCGUCCUCUCCUAGCGGUCCCUUUCAUUGUGUGUUCCCUGCAUCCGGGCAAUUAGAUUUCCUUUCCCUUUCCUUCCCUUC